UGGGGCACACCCCUGGCAACCCCGGUGUUUGGCUUGGUGCUGUCGUCCGUCAGUGCUGGCUUGUGAGGGAGCCGUAGUCUCGGUGGGAGAUAGCGUCCGCGUCGAGAAGUUGGAAGAGGACUGGCUAUAGGCUGGAAGCACUUUGAAGCCAUUUUGCAGGUGGGGCUUCUGGCAGAGGAAGCCCUGACAGCGAGCUCAGCCAUGUCGCGCAGCAGCCUCCUGUCUGUCUGGGUAGCAGUCAUAUCCUUAGCUGUUUUCUGGUUCCCAACUAGGAUGGCUGAUUUGGUUUUUUGUGAGCCAACAGAGCUGUACAACAUCUUGAAUCAGGUCACAAAACUGUCCAGAUUAACUGAACCCAACUAUCUCUGCUUAUUUGAUGUUCGCUCCAAGCGGGAGUACGAUGAGAGCCACGUGAUUACCGCCCUGCGCGUGAAGAAGGAGGGCAGUGAAUACCUCAUUCCGGAAUCUGUGGAUCUGGAGUGUGUGAAAUACUGUGUGGUCUAUGAUAACAACACUAGCUCCAUGGAGAUGUUUGUAAGACAUGCCACGGCUGAUGAGGAAGAGGAUGACGAGGACAACUCUAACGAGCGUGACCGAGAUCUGGUGUCCCGCCCGGCUGUGGAGUUCGGCAAAAUCCUUACCCAGUUCACUCACCACCCUGUGUACAUCCUGAGAGGGGGCUAUGAGCGCUUCUCCGGCCUGUAUCACUUCUUCCGGACCCAGAAGAUCAUCUGGAUGCCCCAGGAACUGGAUGAGUUCCAGCCCUAUCCUAUUGAAAUAGUUCCAGGGAGGAUCUUCCUGGGUGAUUUCAGCCAAGCCUGCAACCCUAAAGUCCAGAAAGAUUUGAGAAUCAGUGCACAUGUCAACGUCUCCAUGGAUACAGGGCCUUUCUUCGUGGGUGACCCUGACAAGCUUCUGCACAUCAAGAUAGAAGAUUCCUCAGAAUCCAAGAUUUUGCCCUUUUUACGCCACCUCUGUCACUUCAUCGAAAUUCACCUCCACCUGGGCUCCGUCAUUCUGGUCUUUUCCACGCGGGGCAUCAGUCGCAGCUGUGCCGCUGUGAUCGCCUUCCUCAUGCACAAGAAACAGGAGACCCUGCAGAGGUCUUGGACCCACGUCAAGAACUGCAAGAACAACAUGCGUCCAAAUUGGGGCUUGGUGACUCAGCUGUUGGAAUGGGAGAAGAUUGUCCUUGGAGACUUUGUCACAGACAUCUCAGAUCCUCUCUACUGAUCUCUGCAGCCCCACGAUGGGCGCUGAAGAACCUUGCUUGGGGCAUCUGGUGGGUAGGGGCCAGGGUGUGUACACAGGCUGUUGGUCUGGAAGCAGAAGGCCCUCGCUGCCACAAACCGCA